CGCUCGAGUUCCCCCCCUCCACCACCUCCACCGUCACCAAUCUAGGGUUUCCCCUAGGCGAGACCGCGAGAUGGCGGAGAGGGUGAAGGGGACGGUGAAGUGGUUCAACACCACCAAGGGGUUCGGCUUCAUCACCCCGGAGGACGGCGGCGAGGACCUCUUCGUCCACCAGUCGUCGCUCAAGUCCGACGGCUACCGCAGCCUCAACGACGGGGAGGCCGUCGAGUUCACCAUCGGCUCCGGCGACGACGGCCGCACCAAGGCCCUCGACGUCACCGCUCCCGGCGGUGGCCCGCUCGCCGCCGGCUCCCGCCCCAGUGGCGGCGGCGGAGGCGGCGACCGCGGCGGUGGGGGAGGCCGCUACGGUGGUGGAGGCGACCGCGGAUACGGCGGAGGUGGUGACCGCGGCUACGGUGGCGGAGGAGGCGACCGUGGCUACGGUGGCGGCGGAGGAGGUGACCGUGGCUACGGUGGCGACCGCGGCUACGGCGGAGGUGACCGCGGCUACGGGGGCGGGGGCGAUCGUGGCUACGGGGGCGGGGGAGGCGGCCGCGGGUGCUACAAGUGCGGCGAGGAGGGCCACAUUGCCAGGGACUGCAGCCAGAACGGCGGCGGCGGCGGCGGUUGCUACAGCUGCGGCGAGUCCGGCCACUUCUCGCGCGAGUGCCCCAACAAGAACUACUAGGCGCGCGCUGCACGGCGUCAGAUCUGAACCCGUCCCUGAUGCCUUCUGCUCCCCUCCCCGUCUGGCCGUGUCCCUCCCUCCCCGACUCACUCAGCAGCGGGUGAUUCCAACCUAUCAGUACUCAGUAGGCUCGUAGUUGUUCGGUCGUAGCAAGAAGAUAUGGAUCCAUGUAAUGGGAGUCCGAGUUGGUGGUUUCUCUUUUGUUUCGCCGGUUCGCUUGAUGAGGCAGGCAUGGAUCUAUCUAUCUACCAUGAAUCAGUUAUCUAUAUCUAUGUAUCUAUCGCAAACGAUUGGAUCAUCA